CAUUAAAUCGCGUUCUAAUCCUGUACAUAAUUUCUUUUCUUCUUCUACGCAGCUAUAGAUUCAACGAAAAUGUCACGAACACACAAGUCUAGUACCGCUCUAGCCGAGAAGAAUUCUAUAGAAGACUAUGAUUCAAUUCUACUUCCUAUUUACACUUAUUUUGCAGAAUACGAAGAUCAUCGGAAGCGACUUCGCAUGAGACAGAUUUAUUGGAUUCCAACCGGUCAUGAUGAAUUGCAAGGCAAUGGAGUAGUUUUUCUAAGCGAAACGUACAAAAUAUUGGCGGAUGGAAAGACGUUUUCCAAACCAAAGGAAGGGUUAAGGUCAAUGUUUCAUAUCAAACCAAGAAACCGAGAUGGGCUUUUCGAAUUAAUAGAUAUGUUGUAUAAGGGCAGAUCUAUCUUGAACAAAAUGAGCGGAGGCCAUCAGGUCAGAAAAAAUCAUUUAGCCUUUCUUGACCUCUUGAAGAAAGACAAAGUCAUCGAGGAUAGUUAUGAAACCUCAAAAGCAUACUUUCAGAAAGAUUUUGAAAAGGAAUGUGAAAAGAUGCGCGAGAAAACGAACAAGAAUAAGACCGCACAGCCAAAAGAUCUCAGUCCGAAUCAAAAUGAAGCGAAGAAAACAAAUCCUAUACCUCAUGGUAAACUUUAGCAGAGAUGUUAUCGCGAGUGAGGAAACUAAUAUCUCUUUUAGGAGGACAUCGUUUGAUAAGAUGAGCUGGGUAGGAAACGAAGUGCUGAAACACGAGGUUUCUAUUGCAGACCGUCCAAUUAGUUCCUUAUGAAAUACAGGAGCGAAGGAGAAAAAAAUGGUAUCCGUCCGAUCCAUUUGGAACCCUUUUGCUUUGGGGAUUGACUGUUUAAGAUAAGUGGCGUCUGAAAGAUUUAAUUAUAUUGAGAUCCGAAGUCAUGUAUUUUGGAAUGCUCUCUUUGGCGUUUAUACUAAAGGUUAUUUUGAUAAAAAGCAAAGACUUAUUAGGGAGCAUCGGGAAAAUAGGAUCAGAGAGAGAUAUCCGAA